AACGCUUCUUCGCGGAGCGGAGAGCUUACGCACCUCCUCGACCUCGGUCCUCCGGGUUAGGCCUUGCUUCGGAAGGAGUGGACCAAGUGGACCAGUGGACGAGUCGCGGUUUCUACGAUGUGCGCGACAAGAAGUGCCCUUCGCUGUACGCGUUCGCUACGUCACGCUGAUCAUUAAUCGCCCCGGGUGCCGAACCAGUUCCGCGCACCGUCAGACGACGUACAGUUUAUCGCCACCAGUGGACACUGACACUGGGAUGCUGUUGCGUGUCCUCGCUGGAACGCUCCGCAGUCUUUAUCCUUGCGCGAUGGUCCUAUCGAGGGACAAAGAGCGAUGACUUCUACGAGGAGUGACAUUCGUCGCACGUUCGAUCCCGAGCUUAGCUUCGGCACGAGAGACCGUUGUCCCGCGAGGAAAUGACAUUACGCGCCUCUGUUUUCUCAUCCGUGGAGGUACACGCUUCUAAGCUCAGUCCUUGGGGUGUUCUACGAGAGAGGAGUACGGGAGGAACGCCGGUCGAGUGUCUGGUGUAUGUGGAGUACGAAACAACAUGCCUUCUGUUUGCGGCGAUAUGAUCGAUACGACUGAACGAUCUCGUGCAGCUGCCUCGCAAUUGGGCGUCAUGGAAGGUAUCUCUAGUACAGACAGCGUGGGAACGCAGAGCGACAUAUCGGGACACACGACGGUGCCAGGUAGGCCUAGAAUGGAUGUGGCCUGCGUCCUUGAUUUGCAACAGUCGGAGCACCUUACUCAACGAAAGAAAGCCCUGGACGAAGUUAGACAGGCCUGUAACUUGGUCAAUGCCAACAUACAUCAUAUUCAGUUUGAGAAGCUUGAUUUUGGUGAAACUAAUGUGCUGGACACAUUUUAUAAUGCUGAUGUGGCAGUUGUGGAUUUAAGUAUACAAUUACAACAAUCUGCGCUGUUUUAUCAUCUCGGUGUUAGAGAAAGCUUUGGAAUGAAGGAGAACAUUUUGCUGUAUAAUGACAUAGACACAGAAGCUACAAUUAGACUUAAGUUAUCCUGUGGCAGCUACACAUUUGUUUCAUAUCGCGUUGUGGAAUCGUGUGGCUCGUGUGUAGCUACUAAUCCAGCUACCAGCAGAAUUACAGGGGAAGAAACAAUAGACCCCAAACAGCAUCUCACUUUGAAACUCAAGAAAUUGUUUCAGGAUGUAGAAAUACAAUCCAAAGCCCAUAUGAAGGAAAAAUUUCUGGCAGAUCUACGCAAGGCGCGUGAGACAUAUUCUGGAGAAGAACUCUCCAGAGCUCUGAAUAACAUGCGCAAACGUUUGGAUGAUCCAAAUGUUCUGUCGGGAGAGGUUGUUUUAAAUGUUCUCAUUUCAUUCCGGGAAAUACAGGGUUAUGAUGCAAUGGUACAAUUGGUUGACGAUUUGAGAACUAUACCGACUCACAAGAAUUACAUUAACACUCCAGCUAUAAGACAUUUAUACGCAUUUGCGCUAAAUCGACGAAAUAAAGAGGGUGAUCGAGAAAGAGCGGUAAAGGUUAUCGAGAAAGCGUUGGAAAAAAAGGAAAAUCAUGUUCCUGACAUGUUGUGUUUAUGUGGAAGAAUAUAUAAAGACACAUUUGUAGAGAGCAGACAUACAGAUCAAGAGAGUUUGAAGAAUGCGAUCCACUGGUACAGAAAAGGUUUUGAGGUUCAGCCUAAUGAAUAUGCUGGCAUAAAUCUUGCCACUUUAUUGGUCAUAGCUGGAAAUGAGUUCUCUAAAAGUGAGGAGUUACAGCAUAUAGGAAUGGUAUUAAACAACUUGAUUGGCAAGAAAGGCAGUUUAUCGAGUUUAAAAGAUUAUUGGGAUGUAGCGACGUUUUUUGAAAUUAGCGUAUUAGCGGAGGAUUAUUCGAAGGCUAUACAAGCAGCUGAAUGUAUGUUUAAAUUAAAGCCUCCAAAUUGGUACCUGAAAUCAACAAUCGGCAACAUAUCACUGAUAGAUCGGUUUCGUAAAAAAAAUGAGGAAGCUGAAAUUGCGCCAGAGGAACAGAUAUUUAGUUUCUGGAUGGACUACUUUGUCGAAGCUACAAAGUCGGAGGUUGGCGAUAGUAUACGGUUUCCAAUUUUAGUGUUGGAGCCAACAAAGAUUUUAAUGCCGAGUUAUGUAAACGUGAACCUCGGCGCGGAGGAGAAGUCCAUACAAAUAUGGAAUUUGUGUCUGGAUAAUAUGAAAAACAAUUGCAAGCAAGUUCAUGAUUGGUUAUUCACCGCAAAUAUGAUACGCAGCGUAAGCCUGUAUAAAAGAGACGAGAGAUGUCUUUUUCUGUACGUUCAUCAAAACUCUGAUGAUUUUCAAAUGUACCUACCGUCAGUACAAUGUAGGCAAAGAUUUUAUGACUUGAUCUUAGAGCUGACUAGGGAUCAAGAAGGCAUGGUUACAGAUUUGGAUACUUACAUGACUGAUGAUCGCAUGAAGUUCGAGUAUGAAUUGGAUGAUCAAAAUAAGCGCAUAAUUCUCGGUAAAGGUACAUAUGGCGUGGUGUACGCAGCGCGCGAUUUAAAUACGCAAGUCAGGAUUGCUGUAAAAGAAAUUCGUGAACGAAACUUGGGCGAUGUACAGCCUCUUCACGAAGAAAUUAAAUUGCAUAGCCAAUUGAGGCAUAGGAAUAUUGUCCAGUAUUUGGGCUCGGUAAGCGAGGAUGGAUAUUUCAAAAUCUUUAUGGAGCAAGUACCUGGAGGAAGUUUAUCAGCUUUGCUACGAUCAAAAUGGGGUCCUUUGAAAGAAAACGAAUCGACCAUAUCAUAUUAUACUAAACAGAUGUUGGAAGGCCUUAAAUAUCUCCAUGAUCAAAAAAUAGUUCAUAGAGAUAUAAAAGGUGAUAACGUGUUGGUAAAUACAUACAGCGGAGUUGUAAAGAUUUCUGAUUUUGGUAUGUCCAAACGUUUGGCUGGCUUAUGCCCGAGUACGGAAACAUUUACUGGUACAUUACAAUACAUGGCCCCAGAAGUUAUUGAUAAAGGUCAACGUGGUUAUGGUGCUCCUGCGGAUAUUUGGUCUUUAGGUUGCACAAUAGUUGAAAUGGCCACUGGAAAACCUCCUUUCAUUGAACUAGGGUCUCCACAAGCAGCUGUUUUUAAAGUGGGAUAUUACAAAAUACAUCCUGAGAUACCGUCAGAGUUAUCUGAGAGAGCGAAAAGUUUUAUAUUACGUUGUUUUGAGCCGAACCCUGAUACAAGAGCAACUGCUGCAGAGCUGUUGGAAGAUCCAUUUCUUAAUGAGAAAAAGAAGAGCAGCAGAUUAGUCGCACCGCCAGAUUUCAGUAGGAGUAUAUCAGUACCUGCAGAUAGAUUGGAACGUUUGGGAAAAUGCGAUAAGACAAAUAAUAAUCACAUUGUUACUGCCACACCUAUGCUGAUGUCUCAAUCGGAUGAUAGUGGAGGGUUAACGAAGUCGAGCCCAUUGAGGGAACGCAGUCCGGCCCACCUAUUGUCCCCCAUCAGCAUGCCUACUGCAACCCUCUCUUUUUGCAGUACAAUAGGGAACACGCCAUCGAUAGAAACUAGUGAAACUGAUACAGCCGGUACCUCAAUAACUAGAAGAAGUUCGUCUGGUGGACUGUUAUCACCAGAAGUUGAAUUAGGGGGACAACCAGGACAAAAAUCUGGAGAGGAGCAAGAGGGCUUUUAUCUGUUAAAGAAAGAUAGCCAAAGACGUAUGACUUUAACAAGGGUUCUCAACCAAGAUGAAGCAAAAAUUUGUGAAGUUUGGAUGAGAGGUAUACAUCAGGCGGAGGGACAAACAAUGUUGCAAAUGAGUCACUUAGUGUUGCUUAUGCGCGGCUUGAGAGAUUAUAUCGCAGAGCAAAAUCAGGACGUAAUAGUAACCGCUAUUCGAACGUUGAAAGAGGAAUUGGAUUUUGAUACGACUGCUAUUAAUCACUUACAUUUGGCUAUUUAUUUAUUUCAAACGGCGGUAAAUGAAGUCCUCAGAAUGCACAGCAUAAAACCUCAUUGGAUGUUUGCUUUAGAUAAUUUAGUAAGAAAUGCUGUUCAGGCUGCUAUCACCGUCUUAUCUCCCGAAUUGGGUGCUAACUUACUUGGGCAAGAACGAGUGCAACCUGGUGGUCAAGGCCCCGAAGAAGGAUCAACGUCUGGAGUAUCUACGGUUAACUCUGUGAAAUCUCAAAAGACCGCUGACUCAGUUGAUAAUAAGUAUUGGAAAGAAUAUAGAGAUCAAAUGGUAGCACUAAAGAUGGAAAAUAUGAAGCUACUUCAGGAAUUGAUAGAAAGCCAGAAAUCAUAUCAAACGUUACUUCAACAAGCUCUCGAGGAGCAGAGAGCCCAAGUUAAUACAUUGACACGCCUGUGUGAAAAUAUCAAUAAAAGAGUAGUAAGCCAGGAAUCAGGUUACAACUCUUCCAUUUUUGGAAUAUCUCAACAAGCAGCGUCCUUAAUAACUACUGAUACGCACAGUACUGCUUCACAUCCGGAUACGGCUCUUAUCGAUUGGUUACAGAAUCUUCAAGUAGAUGAUACUUCGAUUGAUAGGUUUCUAUAUGAGGAAUAUACACUAGAAGACAUUUUGUGGCAUGUUACACGGGAUGAUCUUCGCAGAUUAAACUUAAGAGGAGGAAUUGAACUCAGGAUUUGGCAAGCCAUAUUGAAACAUCGAGAGAAUAAUGGAAAUUAAAUUCUUAAGACUAAUGCAAUUAUAUAUUUUCCCAUUAUUUUUAGUGAUAAAGUGUUACUAAUAACUGGAGAUUAAAGCAGGGUAAAAUAUUUGUUCUGAUAUUAGAUUGCCAAAUGAUAAAAAUAUGUGAUGAUCUAAAUCUCAGUCGCACAUUAUAUUAUGUUAGAUACAAACCAAAUCAAUCGUUUCCGUAGACAGGGAGAGACAGAGAGAGUUUCCUCCGUAACACAAUGUUAUAAUGAUAUUAUGUACUGGUUUAUUUCGUAGUUCCUAAUAUAGAGUGCUAUUAUUCGUUACAGAUCAGUUGUGUAACAAAUCCAUACAUGCGAUGAUUUAUGUUAACAAAACAUAUUAUGUCUUAGCGUUUUUAUCAGAUUUUAAUUACGUUGCCAAAGUUGAAUCAGAAUGUAAGAAACCAGUGUUUGUGAUUGCAUGGAAUGUAUUUCAUAUAUUACAUUUUUUUUAUUAUAGGGAAUUUUGUAGCUUUGAUUUUUAAAUUUGGCAUUUAAAUAUUAGGUCAUAUUUAGAAGAAAUGUUCUUAUACGUCAAAUGAUUAAAUCCAAGAAGGCAAAACAGUAACAAAAAGUGACAAAGAGAUCAUGAAUAUGAAUUAUCAAUAAUAUAUUUCAUAUUAUAUUUUAUUUUAAAGUUUGCUGAUAUCUCCUGUUAUAACAAAUAACAGACACUUCCAACGAUUAUUAAUAAAACUAAUACAAUUUAUAUACAUACAUAAACCAGAUUUUACAAAACACAGAUAUAUUCGUUGUUCAAAGCAAAUAUAUUGCCACUAGAAAAUCGUAAUUAACGAUUUGUAUGUUCGAAAAGUAAUAACUUUAUGUAACGUUUGUAUAUUAUUACAAAUAUGUAUGAUAGUUUAUAAUGUUUCGCCUAACAGAUCUUCCCAAUAUCUUUACAAAUGGGAACGCAAUUAUUUAUAGUGCCUUAUAAAACUCGUUCUCUCUCUAGUACAAGGAAAGAUAUUUAUUAUAUAGAAUAAAUACAUAUAGUCGUAGAUCAUUCACAUGAGAUAAUGUGAAACGUUCACUGUUGAGAUCUUAGGUUCUCAAAGAGCAAAAUAUUAUUUUAUUUGCGCAAAACAUAAAUCUUACCAGUAUCAAAAUAUCAAUUGAGUGUUUUUGUGUCGAUUUCGUUAUGUAAAUAGAAUACUUUUCGUAUAAUUUGUAAGAAUUUUACGUUGAUUCGUGCUUCAUAAACUCGAUUAGAUUCAAACUUUCAAGUGCAAGUUUUGUAGAUACGGGUUUUUAUAUGAAUGGAAAAAUCUCGAUUUUUCUUUUAUGCAAUAUUGUAAAGAAAGAAAUUUGUGCUCUGUGCGAUGCACAAUAUAUUUUGUACAGAGAUUUUUUAACAUACAAUAGUCGAGUUGAAUUUACGCAGGUACAAUUUUAACAAAAAAAGAGAGAGAGAGAGAUCGCUUUCUCUCGAAAACCCGGUGCCUAAUUGUUUCAAUGAUAUAUUGUUGGAUUUACAGCUUAUUUAUACAUACACUGAUGUUGCAAUACAUGAUCUAAUGACUGACAAAAUUAAUAUUAAUGCGAUAUUUUUGUGUAAUGUACUAAUAUAUUAAAAAUUGUAGAGCGAUAUUCGUGUUGGUGCUUGUUUGCUGGUGCAAGUUUUUUGACCCAAAUAAUUUUUGCGUUCAAUAUAAGCAUUUAAUUGAAUUAAAUGUCGCACAAUUGCAGCAAAAUCGAAAGAAAUAAACUUCGAAACAAGUACCAAUAUAUUGUUAACUAUUACCAUUUUCACUUACAAAAUAGGAUUAAUUAUAAUUGUUGCUCGCAUGUGCGACCGUUUGUAAUAAAGGAAUGAACACAUA